AGAGAGAGAGAGAGAGAGAGAGAGAGAGAGAGAGAGAGAGAUGGGUAGAAGCCCUUGCUGUUCCAAGGAAGGCUUGAACAGAGGAGCUUGGACUGGCCUUGAAGACAAAAUCCUAGCAGGUUACAUUAAAACCCAUGGUGAAGGGAAAUGGAGAGACAUUCCCAAGAAAGCAGGUCUCAAGAGAUGUGGAAAGAGCUGUAGGCUUCGCUGGAUGAACUAUUUAAAGCCAGGUAUCAAGAGAGGAAACAUAUCCCAUGAUGAAGAAGAUCUCAUCAUUAGGCUUCACAAGCUUUUGGGGAAUAGGUGGUCUCUUAUAGCAGGGAGGCUUCCGGGGCGAACAGACAAUGAAAUUAAGAACUACUGGAACACUAGUUUAUCAAAGAAGCUGCAAGCCCACCAAACCUCGGCGGCAUCGACUCAAAAGCCGCACUCAAACCAGUCUGAAGAAGAAGAGAAACUGAUGAAGAAGAAGCAGCAGCAGCAGCAGAAGAAGAGGAAGACGAAGAUGACCAUGACCACAACAUCCAGAUCGUCCAAUGAUAAACCACUGUCAUCAAAAAUGGACUCCAGUGUGGUCCGGACCAAGGCUUUAAGGUGCAACCGGGUUUUUCUCACUCCAGAAAAAACCAGUAACCAAGUUGUUCACCAAGUUGCUGAAAAUAAUAAUGAAGCCACAUUCUCAGAAGCAGAACCCAAACCCUCCAAGAACAAAACAGUUGAAUCAGAUUCCUUUGAUGGGUUGUCUUCAUUCAAUCAAGUAGAAGAAGAGGAUUCACUCAAUCUAAUGAUCGAUCUGGAUUGCUACUUCUCUGAUGAGUCAUUGGCAUCUUGGAAUCAACAGGUCUUGUGCCCCAAGGAGGACUGGACCGGAAUUCAUGGUAUUGAACCGGGUUUCCCAUCCUUCACCGCUCUUCUGGGUCAAGUAGAGAGUUGGUUAGAAGGAUAACUGCAAUUGAACUUAUUCCUUGUUUGGUUUUAGACAUGCAUGGUUUGACCUAGUGACUUGUUUUGCAUGGGUAUGUGCAAAACUAGCUGACAAUGUAGUAUGGUUCUUCAGUGAUCUUCUCUUCGGCCUUCCUUGAUUGUAUCUUCUCCCUCAUCAUGUCAAAAAGCACUACUGUGACAUGUCAUUGUACUGAUUGCCAGUCAUGUGAUUCAUUUCAGUCA